CAGGGGGAGCUGCUGGGUCAGCAGUCACUCUGGAGUGGCGCAAAGACUGCUGGGAAAUCUCCAGCGAGAAGACGUCAUGAGCUCAAAACCAUGCUCAAAACAAGCUAGCGCCACAGAGGUAACCCACUUUUAGUAGCAAGCACUUUUACCUCACGCGUGUGUUCGAGUAGCUCAUGUCAGACUUAUUUUGUAGCCCGUUUAAAAAGCGCGUUGUGACGCACUUCUAAACAUACGUAAUGUGACAUGUUUAAGAAAACAAACAGGUCGUGUUAAACCUACUCUGUGUUGCUUUGUUUUUCAUCAACAGAGGCUAGAUUCUCGGAUACAAUAGAGGAAAAGUUUAAGUUGUAAACCUACAUUUUCGCCUUCUUGCGUCAGCCGCCCCAUCAUGGAGGAUAUCAGCGCAGUGAUGUCCUGGUUUUCCAGCCCUGUCUACAGCCGGUACUGGAAGCACUAUCAGCAGGCCAUGGCCUGGCACCAAAGGCACAGGCGCGCUUACCAAAAGGCCUUAGAGGCUUAUUACGGGAGUCCCAGCAGCCCCCGGCGCUAUGCCGACUGGCAGGCCAGGGAAAGCGGGGAGGAAGGAGACGAGGAAAGCAGCUCGGAUAGCGAGAUCGAGUGCGACGUCAGCAACAUGGAGAUCAGCGAGGAGCUCCGCCAGUACUUUGCUCAGACAGAGAGACACAGAGAGGAGCUGAAGAGACAGCAGCAGAUGGAGGCAGAGCAGCAGGAUAACUACGUACCGGCCGACCAGGACCCGCACAGGGUCUCCUGGAGAAGCAGCAUCGCCCCGCCCUCCGAGCGCCCCGGAGAGAGACGCGUUGCUGAGAUGAAGAAGCUCUAUGGCAAGGAUGCUGCCAAGAUCCUGGCCAUGGAGGCGGCCAUGCAGCUGACUUUUGACAGAAACUGUGACCUGAAGCAGCCCAAAUACUGGCCGGUCAUCCCUCUGAAAUUAUAACAGCAGGCGCAGCCACGGAGCCUGUCGAGGAGAACCCUGCUCUGGCCGUGGUUUCACAUAUAGUUUUUGACCAUUUUCUUUUUAGAAUCUGCUUUAAAGGGUUCUUUUGAGCUGACGGUCAGAUGGACAGUAGCCCUGCCCCCGCAGACGAUGGCAAUGUAUUCAAGCAACACCGGCCUGCUUGUUUCCUCCUAGUCCCCUCAAGGCUUGUUGAGGCUUCACGCAGUUGCAGCUCUCCAGAUGCCUGUCAUCUUAGUUCAACCACUAAAACAGAAGCCGUCCUCGAUGGCUGCUCCUCAUGUUCCAAUCAUCCAAACACAUUGACUUUGAUAUUUUCAAGCUACAGCUCCCUGAUAGUUACAUCUCCUUCAGUUCAGAGGAAUUCGUGCUUUUCUGGGGGAUGUUGCCUUUUCAUUUAUCUUGUUUUUUUUCUGUUUUUUAAACCUCAUUUAAUAAAGUUCUGUUUUUAAUAUUUAAAAGAAAGAUCUGAAUAAAACUUGUUUGUCAGUGGUAAUUAUUUGUGGAUCUGUGAGAGAAGCUGAUAAAACUGAUACAAAAUAAAUAGGCUGGUGUGUGUAUCCUUUCUCGGUUCUUGCAGGGGGUCUAAAAUAUUUGGAGUGUUUAUUAAAAUACAUCUCUGACAUUUUGUCUGGAGUUCUAGAGCAAUGUAGCAAGUGAUCUCUCUUCUUUGUAAUUCUUGACUCUUAAUGCAGCCCUCUUCAGUUAUUUGUGGAUCCAUCUGCCUUCAGCCUGUCCUCUAAUUUGUAAAGCCUGGUCAAAUCAACCCUGCA